AGCUGAAUGGCUCAAGCCUCUGAUUUCCCAUGCGGUGAGUUCGCCCACACGUUGGGCGGUGCCGUGGAGCAUGGGCUCCGAGGUGUUCCGAGAGCGUUUGGCGGACGCGCUCGCGGCUGGGGACUUUGAGCUUCAUUGCCGCAUCUAUCACCAUCGCUCCUUCGGCCGGCUCCACUUCUUCGACACGCUGGCGGUGGACCCCAUCUCGAGGGAAAGCUUCAUCGUUGAGCUGCUCUGCCGCGCUGCAGAGAGCGAGACUGUGACAGAAGUUGUGGGCGGUCAGUUGUCGGACCUGCGCCUGGGGGACGUCGUGGUCGUUUACGACGCCGCGGUGGAUUUGCGAAGCCCGCUGCCGCCCUGCACGCUCACGCUCCAGGUCCAUCGCCUGAAGCUCACCGAAACCUGGCGCGGCCUAUUCCAGAAGGGCGAAGAUAGGACGGGCCCGGGCGGGAACUGGAAGCAUGCCUUCCACCGGCCUGCCUUCCACGACGCCAUCGACGAGUCCUACUUUGAAGAGCUCGACAGACGGGCGCUGGAAAGGCAAAGAGAGAAGCGCAAGGCCAAAGCCAAAGGCGAGAAGCAGGCCGAGAGUGAGGAGGAGGCUUCAGAUAGCCCGGCGGACAAGGCGCCGUGGACCAGAACUCGUGAACCUCGCGCCAUGCUUCAGUGCCAUAUGCCGCUGGCGCAGCGUCUGGCGGAGUACUUGGGCGGGAGAGUGCUGUCCGCAUGCAGUCGGGACCGGCUGGUGCUGGUCGAUGCCCCGAACGCGGAGCCUUCGGAGCACUUUGGCGCGGUGUUGGGCGAGGCCGCCACUUCGCGAGCCGCGCACGCUCCUCGCGUGCCGAGUCACCUCCACUCCAUCAUCCAGCGGAUCUUCUUUGUGGACGCCGGGCGCAAGGCCCCGAGCGUGGCGGAGGCCUGCGCACAGUACCUGGCCGCCGUCUUCGGGCCGGUCGACCACGCAGGGGUCGGAGAUCUCUGGGACUUCCUUUGCCGCCAGCGGCACAUCCAAUGCUUUCCCCGGGAGUUGGAAUCCUCCCUCUCCGCUGCCGUCCGUGCCUCCCGCUGGGCUGCGCCUGGCGCGGAAGCAAAAGAAAGUCCGGCCGCUUUGGCGCUGCCGAAGGGCCGGUGCGACAGCAUGGUCUACGCGGACGGCCUGCUGUGGUGGUCUACGGAUGUACCCCGCAUCAUCGUGCCCGAGAAGGACCAGCGCUCGGUGCCCUCCGGGGCCUACUGGAAGCUCCUGGAGAUCCUCGAUCGCUACCGCCCGCACAGCAUGACCAGGCAGAGGCUCAUGGACCUCUUCCAAGGCCGGGGCUGCGCGGUGGACUUCGGGGCCUCCCCGGGGGGCUGGUCCUUCUGCCUGGCCACGGCGCUGCAGAUCCGGCGUGUCAUCGCCUGCGACCCUGCGGCGUACAUGCACCCCUUGGUACGGCGUCUCGCGCCAGAGGAUGAGCGCGACCAGUUUUUGGAGGCCUUUACGCCAGAGGAGCGCAAGGACGACGCCAAGCACUCCCGCCUCCUCGCGGAGCGGAAAGAGGAAGCCGAGACGGAGCCGAAAGGGCAGAUCUCCCACUGGCGGAUGCGCGCUGAGGAUGCCCUGGUGAAGAUGAAGCAGCGGCUGGAUGCCCAGUUGCCUCCACUGGCACUGGUGGUGUGCGACAUGAACGAGGAGCUGGAGGGCGCCUGUCAGCUGCUAUACCAAGUCUUCGAGCAGAAGCUCUACGAAGCUCCCUGCUUGGCAGUUGUCACCUUCAAGAACACCUGCAAGUCCAAGCAGGAGUUCCGGCGGAGGAAGAGCGCCAUGCUUUUGCGCCUGCAAGAGGAAAAGGUGCUGACGCAGGUGCAGGAGAUACACCUCUUCGCCAACACCCGCAUGGAGACCACCAUCGUUGGGCAGAUGCUGUGACGCCUCCGCGUCCCCUGGCUGCUGCCUGCCUGAAGGCGGUCGCUCGACGAGCGCGGCAUCCAGACAUCGGAAGACCCCGUGCGCAGGGCGGCUCUCCCAGGCAGCGGAAGCUGAGAGGGUCUCGAAGACGGCGCCCGCUUUUUGCGCCAAGCGGGCUGCGGAACUUGCGAGAGGUGCCCGGAAACGAAUCAAGCAAGCCGAUGCUUGCAACAUGUGUGCAUCGCGGGUG